AUGCCCGAUGAGAUCAUCACGGUAAUAGAGCAAGUCUGGCGGAGUGACAGAAAGCAGAAGGAAAAGGCUCUUGGCGAAAUAUCCCUGAUUCAGAUUACCGGGAGGGUGAAGAUGCGUCGAGUUUGGAUAAUCGUAAUGCGAUCAAGACCAAGGGUCGUUAGGGACUGCCGAGAGACCAAGAUGAUCGAUGAAUCUAUGACUGUUGAUGGAGACAUCCAUAAGGAUCUGUACCUAAUCAAUUUCAGCAGCGAAAAAGCCGGCUGCCGUAAUCAAGUUCUGAAAGCAAAGAUUCAGGAGCUCCCUGAACUAGUGACGAAAGCCUCCGUUCAGGGCAAAGUUUCGGCAGAUGGUAAACCUAAGACCUUUGGUACCCGUGCCGACAUCGAGUAUACCAAAAUUAGGAUUUGGGACCCCGUUCCGGCCCAAGAUGCCCCAAACCUUAGUUUCGGCUUUGCCUAA